ACAAAAGAGGUGAUGGAAUUCCGGCCCUUUUUGUUUGUGUUUUUGACCUGGGGCGAACGUUAGACAAAAAUCACAUCAGGGAAAUCUACUUGCAAAGAUCCGACACAACUUUAUUGCAUCGGCUUUUUCACAUCACUUCGAGACAGAGAAUAAUGAUUUCAUAUUUAACUGACUAUUCUAGCAGCCAACACAACACAUCUCAGAACUUCGCCACAGAGGUAAAGAAUACUUUAAAAACGAGAGUUCUAUUCAGAUGGUAUGAGACGAGGGAACGCUGCCCAAAAGACGUGGAAAUCGGUGAAAGACGGGAAUCGACAGAUCUUCCAUAACAGAGGGGAGCCAUGACAUCCCUCACUUGGAGUCAGGACACUUACCUACGGACAUAGAGUUAGUGAAAACACUUAAGAGUGCCAAAGACACAGAAUAAGGAACAAACAGAUAUUCCUUGACCAAGAUCACUGACCUCAACAAGAACCUCAGAAAACGACAAACAACAAAGCAUCAAAAGUCUGCGUUAAAAUAUCGGCAAACAAGAGUACAAAAACAGAAGUACUAGACUUCUUUGUUAAAAGUUUAGAAAAAUCAUUUUUCUCCGAAAAAGAGAAUCUGAGACGUGGAAAACUGAUGAAAUAACUGGAGUAUUGAAAUAAAAGAAAACAAUUUUGGCGAAAGAUUAAAUAGUUAUUUGUUGACAAAGCGUUCAGAUUUUCCGUUGAAAGGGAAACCAGAUACGCAAAAAUCAAUACAUUAGAAAACACCGAAUCGCCUGUAAAAUUGAGAGCUAAGUGACAUUUUGAGUGGAAUUAAGGGACUCCAAAGCAUUUGUAGGACUGGGAUUAAAGACAUCCAGGUGCAGUGAGUUGAAGAAGAAGAAACCAAAGCAUGAAUUUCUCCUUCAUAGAAGGAGUCAACACCACAAGCACGAUUUCAACAAUGUCUGUCAACUUUUCUGUUGCCGCAACUACUGCAUCCCUUACCACAAGCGCUUCGUUUCCAGCAACUCCUGUUCCAAGCUCCACCGUGUUAUCUCCGUGGCCAAAUUCUACUUACAACGGCACCUCGCCUUUAAGCACCAAUUCCACACCAGCACGAGUGCAGCCUUGCCUUACAGAGUGGCUCGGGAUCUGGGCACUAGUUUUUCUCACAUCCGGUUACAUCCUGAUCUUUGCCAUCGCAACUCUCGUCAAUUCCAUCAUUAUCUAUGUGGUGUUAAAAUACCGGAACACAAAAACGGCCUUUAAUUAUCUGAUUGUAAACCUUGCAGCGAGUGAUAUACUCCAUGCUGUUGUCGUGUGCCCUUUAAGUAUUGGGGCGUUUUUCUAUAAGGGUGUAUUUCCAGGCGGGGACUUCGGUCUCGCUGUUUGCAAGCUUCAAGCUUAUCUCCUGACCGUGCCAAUAUCCGUGUCGGUCCUAACAAUGACGGUGAUAUCGUUUGAUAGGUAUCUUGCUAUAGUGCACCCCUUAAAGAGGGCGCUUAGCGUCAAGGCAGUCACUUGGGUUGUCUCGUUUAUCUGGCUCGCUAGUGGCGCGCUCUUUGCGUACGAAAUUGUACGGUUCAAACUUCUGCCGCUAGGAAACGGAGAUGUUAUAUGUGGCGUGGAUUGGGGGUUUGGCCCAGGAAUUGAGAGCUCUCUGGCGAAGGCUGAUAUGAUGAUCAAGCUAGUACUCCACUACAUCCUGCCCCUACUAAUCAUGGUAGUGCUCUACACCAUCAUACUCCUGUAUCUAUGGCAACGAAAAGCACCCGGGGAGUUCAACGACUCUCACCAGAAGCGCCUAGAGAUUCAAAAGCGUAAGGUUAUCAAGAUGCUGGUUACCAUAGUGACGGUUUUUGCAGUCUGCUGGGUGACGGUGCACGUUAAUCACGUGAUGGUGGUGGUGGAUCGACAAAUGUUCGACUGUCAGGUCCCCCUCUGGGUCAUUAUGUUUAUGUACAUGGUGGCGCACUCGAACGCGGCCAUCAACCCAUGCCUGUACUUGGUGUUCAACCAGAGCUUCCGGGAGGGAUUCAAGAAUAUAUUCAACAAGGUCCAUCGCAGACAAAUAACCAUCAGCGAGCGCAAUUCGACAAUCAGAGAAGUGAUUAGUGGAGCUACUGCGAUACCAAACUCGGGCUACGAACCCUUCACCCCAAAGCUCACAUCCAAGACGCUCAACACGUCAGCGGGCAGCGAUAACUCGGGCUACUCCGGACAAUCGGCUGCAGACAUCGCAGACUCAAGAGUGUGAAUCGGACUAACCUGUUUAAUACGACCGCUGCAAGCACUGCUGAGAGAUUUACUUCAUAAACUGACCUGUGUAAUACGACUGCUGCAAGGCGCCUAUGUGUCAUUUACUCCAUAAACUGACCUGUGUAAUAAGACCGCUGCAAGGCACAUCUGAAUCAUUUACUCCAUAAACUGACCUGUGUAAUACGACCACUGCAAGGCACAUCUUAGUCAUUUACUCCAUGAACUGACCUGUGUAAUACGACCGCUGCAAGGCACAUUUGAGUCAUUUCCUCGAUAAACUGACCUGUGGAAUAGGACCAAUGCAAAGCGCUUCUGAGUCAUUUCCUCCAUAAACUGACCUGUGGAAUACGACCGCUGCAAGGCACAUUUGAGUCAUUUACUCCAUAAACAGACCUGUUUUAUACGACCGCUGCAAGGCGCUUCUGAGUCAUUUACUCAUAAACUGACCUGUGUAGUACGACCACUGUUGCGCAGUCCUUUACGCCAUUUAUGACUUGUAUAUUAGGACCAGUGCAAGGUUCUUCUGAGUCCUUUACACAAUUAAUGAACUGUAUAAUACGACCAGUGCAAUACACUGGAUAUGUCUUUACACAAUUAAUGACCUGUAUAGUACGACCGGUGCAAGGCGCUGCAAAGUCAUUUACACCAUUAAUGGCCUGUAUAAUACGACCAGUGCAAGGCGCUGCAGAUUCCUUUGUUUCAUUAAUGACCUGUAUUAUACGACCGGCACAAUGCACUGGAAAGUCCUUUACACAAUUAAUGACCCUCGCAAAAGCGAGAGCCUUUGUGAGGUUUUAUUCUACGCAGUUACUACGCAGUGGCUUAUGCCCGACAGCCGGGAGAUCUUAGAUGGACUAAAUGCCCGACAGUUUUUAAUUUUUUUACAAAUAACCCAAUACAUUGUCUUCCUAUUGAGUUCAAAGUAUUCUAUUUUUGUUGAGAAAAGGCAAGCGAAGCUGAAUUGAGCUUUGCUGUCGGUAUUGAAUGCUUUCCGUUGUCUGUGAUUUUAGUAAUUUUAGUGACACUUAGGAUUUUUCCACGUGUCUACAGCUCUCAAUUUACGAAAAUAUCACGGGGAAUUAUCUUCCUAGUGAGUUCAACGUUUACUAGGAAGACAAUUUACUGGGUUAUUUAAAACAAAUUGAAAACUCUCGGGCAUUUAGUCUAUCCAAGACCUGUCCCUACUUAUUUUAAGCGUAUGGUGAUUCACGCUGGUAUGUAAAUGACAUUCUUCACUGUAGAGGGAUGUAGCAGGGGGUGGGCCGCCGGGGGCAUGUGCCAUCCCCUUAACAAAAAUAAAUGGGCGUGGCUGUGCCCCCCUAUAUUUUCUUAAUGAUUCAGUAUUGUGCCCCCCCCCCCCCCUCCCUGCCAAUUUUACGUGGCCUGCUACGGCUCUGCUGUACUAAAACAAAAUAAAAAAAAUGGGAAUAUUCAGGUGAUCAUUUCAUUUCGUUGUAGUCAAUGGCUCAAUUGCACACAGUAUAACACUCAAAUAUAAUAGAAUAAAAAUACCAAUUGCUAUGACAAUAGAAUAAUAAUAAAAA